AUGGCUCAAAAUUCGUCGCAGGCUACCGGCAGCAUGUCAGAACUCCCCCGUACUCCAAUCGAAGUCGAUUUUCGAGAAGUCAGAAAUACAUGGCUAAAUCCAGAGAACCGGUUCCGGAACUCCCUCGUGUUUCAAAAUUCUCCACAUACAGGACGAAUGGUUGUGAUGAAGAGAAAUAUCAUUCGAAGGAUUCCCACUCCAAUUAGAACUGCCUUAAUGGCUCUUCGAGGAAAAUCAUCAACCAAGAUCAGACAUAUAGUCUCUGAGCCUUUCAACAUUUCGAAAAUCGUCGACGGACAACCGCAGCCCAUGUAUCGGCAUGAGUUUAAUAGGUUUAAUGAGAUGACUCCCAGAGAGCCCUGGAUUCCACUCAGCUCACACCCAUUCCGCAUCAGUGAGCUUGAGGCCGUGAAUGAACGUUCCGCCAUGAUGUCUCCAAUGCCUGGACCACGAUCCAAUUUAUCUUUUCAGAAGAGCUCAUCUCCAAGUCUCACUAUCAUGAUUCCUGAAUUGUCUGCCACCACUGUGGACUGCGAGACAGUUGACCCUUCCACGCAACCGCACUGUUCAGUCAGAAGAGCAUCACCCACUUUAACAGAAGCUCGCGCUUGGAAAAUUCAUUCUGACAAUGCACGCAAGGCUUGCACCAGGCUCGGUCAAGUGAUAGAGCAAGUAGAAGUCAAGAAUCGUAAACUUGAAGACGAGAAUGAACAACUCGUAAGCAAGAAUAGACAACUCGAAGGUAAAAAUCGACAACUUGAGGAGGAUUUUCAAGAGAUGCGCAUAGCCCGUGUGGCCCCAAGCCAGUAUAAGGUCUUUGCAGAUCACUUUAAGAUGUUGUAUGACAGAGAGUUGAAAAAGGUGAACUCGCUUGAGAAAGAACUCGAAACCGCACUUGCGGACGCAACUGAAAAGUCGGAGAAGGUGAAGAAGCUUCAGAAACAGGUCGACCUCGUAUUAGAACUCGCAGAUGCAUCUGCAGCCUAUGCUGAAUCCUUGAAGCUCAGCAAUCCGAAGCGAUCCUCGACCCAAAAAUCCACUGAAUCUGCGGAAAGCUGGGGCCAUUCGGACGAAGAAAAGUUUUUCUCGGUGAAACUACCCGCCCCAUCUCGUCCACCAUCUCCAACUGUGUCAAUGAUCCCUUCACUCAGCUCAUCGACUUCCACAUCUGAGUCUGAGUCUGAUGAUGACGACCGUAAAUGUUGGAUGACGGCGUCGCAGAUUUUGGAUGGUCCUGCAUCGGAUGAUGAAUCUGAUCUUCGUCCCGUUGAACAUACCGAAAUCCCAACCAUCCUCAAUUCUCUAACCGAUCUUCCCACACUUCCCAACUCCCAAAGUGAGGAAACACCCCCACUCAUUCCUACAACUACCCUUUCUCCUCCCGCCUUUACCGCUGGCACAACUCCUCUCACUACUCUCAACCACGUCAGCGCCAAUCACAAGAUCACUUGUCGCGUUGGGCCUCCUCAUCCAGCCGUCUUCCGCAUCCCCAUCUCUUCAACUCCAGACACACCAGCAUUCACUGCAAGCGUUAGCUGGUGUCCGACUUUGGACAUGUGGGAAUGGUGCAGUGUGCCAGAAGUAAAGUUGAUGGAUCCUGUGGCCGAAGAAAAGAAGAAGAGAUGCUCGGGGAGAGUUUUUCAUGGCAGCGAGUUGAUGAGCUUCAGACUUUCGGCUGGCAAUUCCUCCGGAAAUGCUUGA